CUCUAUCGAACAACAAACGACAGUCUCUUUUCGGUCACUCAGAUUACCGUGAAAAUGGGGGAAGCUAUCACGAUCAGAACAAGGAAGUUUAUGACCAACCGCCUUCUCAACAGAAGGCAAAUGGUUGUUGAUGUGAUCCAUCCAGGCCAAGCCACCGUCAAGAAGACGGAGAUCCGCGAGCGCCUUGCCCAGGCCUACAAGACCACACCCGAUGUCAUCUUCGCCUUUGGCUUCAAGACCCAGUUUGGUGGCGGACGCACCUCGGGAUUUGCCCUCAUCUACGACACCCUGGACUUUGCCAAGAAAUAUGAACCCAAAUACAGAUUAGCAAGACAUGGACUUUACGAGAAGCCCAAGACCUCAUCCAAGCAGAGGAAAGAAAGGAAGAACAGACAGAAGAAGGUCCGCGGAACCAAGAAGGCGAAGGUGACGGCAGGCAAGAAGCGUUGAUCAUUUAACAAAGAAUUUUGAAUAUGAUCAUGGACCUACUCAACUUCAGUAAACUGGCAUUCCCCCUUACACAUCAUGCAGCCGUAUUCUGAGAUCGACACUACUCACCACACAUCACUCAAAAUCACUGUGUAACUGUUAAUAAAUGGAUUAACUAGCAGGAA